AUGAUGCUUCUCUCAUCACCACCACCCGCACCGCCAUCAUCUACUCGAGUUAGUUCUCCCGCUGAAAUCCUAUCUUCCCCAACUGCCACGACCCCAUAUGCCUAUCUAAACGUUCCAGUCAGCCCAGCUGAAGCUCUUCUCACACAUACUCUACCUGCAAUAGGCCAGCUCCAGCUUUCCGUCUGGCGAAGUCAACUUGCGGACGAAGUGCGCGGCCUAGCUGGGCAAAUGUGGCCUGGCAUCUCUGGGGCCCCUCCAAGUGGUGAAGCUGCUAUCACUAACACUGCUGUCGUCUCUCCUGCUUCUGCGACUACUCCUACUGGGAAGAGUUCAUCUACUGGCGCUUGGAACAGCCAGGCAACCUCCAGACGGACUCCUGGGAGUCCAACAGAGCCUCUGCAAUCUGCUCUUGGGACAUCAGGAGCUCGAGAGUCUGUCAGCUUAAACGGCUCUGGUCAGGUGUUGGGCGAUGCGAACGCGCUUCCUCCUGCAGCCUGGUCAAAAAGACUAGAGAGUAAGAUCGCUUAA